AGUCCAGUGUGCGGAUGCCCAUUAACGGGCGUCAUUUGUUGAGUUGCCGUUGCAAUAAUAAAUGUGUAGAAAAUAUACUUACUCGAUACCGAACAAAAAAGUAUCGAGUAAAAAAAUACUUGGUAUCAAAAGAAAAGUAUCGAGUAUUUACUUGUAUUUACUUGUAUCGAUUGAACCCUAGUUCUGGUCUGGUUCUUUGGUAAAAGUGCGUGCUUUCAUUGUUGUGGAUUUACAAAUAUCGUUGCAAUAACUUUUAGUUUCUAUUGAAAUAAAUUCUGCUUCGGAUUAUACGGCCAAUAUGUCACAGGUGUCAAAUAAAUCCGGGACCGGCUGGCCGAGAAGAAGUAGUCAGGGUCAAGUGGACGGCAGUGUAAAUAAUGGUUUGCAAAAAUAUUCAUCUGGUCAGUGUUUGGCCAUAAACCGGACAAUCAAUUUAUAUCCAUUAACUAAUUACACUUUUGGAACGAAAGAGCCUUUAUUUGAAAAAGAUCCAUCAGUACCCUCUCGGUUUCAGCGUAUGCGAGAGGAAUUCGAUCGUAUUGGAAUGCGGCGAUCUGUGGAAGGCGUUUUGCUAGUUCAUGAACAUGGAUUGCCACAUGUAUUACUCCUUCAGCUGGGUACAACAUUUUUUAAGCUACCCGGUGGUGAGCUCAAUGCAGGAGAAGACGAAGUAGAAGGUUUAAAAAGACUUCUGACUGAAACUUUAGGUCGUCAAGACGGAGUAAAACAAGACUGGAUUGUAGAGGACACAAUUGGAAAUUGGUGGCGCCCGAAUUUUGAGCCCCCUCAGUAUCCUUACAUUCCGCCACAUAUCACCAAACCAAAAGAGCAUAAACGGCUGUUUUUGGUACAGUUACAUGAAAAGGCCCUCUUUGCCGUCCCUAAAAAUUACAAACUCGUAGCAGCACCCUUAUUUGAACUCUAUGACAACUCACAAGGUUAUGGCCCAAUAAUAUCAUCACUUCCACAGGCUUUAUGCAGGUUCAAUUUUAUUUACAUGUGAUGGGACGUUGGAUUUUUCGUAACAACUGAAUAGUUAAUCUUAAAUAAACCCAGAUUGAUCUUUAAACAUAUUGUAUGUUUUUAUUUAAUACAAUUCUAUUUAGACGACCUUAACCUGUAUUAAAUAAAUCGGAGUGUAUUCAUAAUA